AUGGAAACAUUGAAGGAUAUCAGCACGGCAACUAUACCAAGUCUACUGGCCUACAUAAGUCUUGUGACGGCACACAGUGAAACCAUAAAGAAUGAAGAAGAAUGUAAAAUAGCAGACUUAUGCGUCCACGACAAAGUACCAAUGUGUGGAAUAGACUCGUGCGGGGAGAUGAGAACAUUCAUAGACACUUGUGACAUGCAUGAGUUCAACUGUGACAGCAAAAAAGAUUUCAAACAGAGGCCAAUUCACGAAUGUUGGGUGACGUGUAAAAGAGGACGAUCCUUUAAGAAGCCAGAAUAUCGAACCGACUGUAACUUAAAUAUGAAAUCAAAAUAUAAAUAA